CAGGUACACGAGGCCAAGUUAACCAUAACAUUGUGUGAUAGCGACAGAGUGACAGUCUGUGUAUCUAUGGUGUAUUAGUGUAUUGAAGAAUUAUUCAUAGCAAGUAGUUGUGCAACUGCAGCUCUUGAUUUGAAACCAAGGAAACACAGUUCAGUAUUCUUGGAUACAGAAUCAUUUGGUACAGAUGGCUGUCUCCUGUCCUACACAAGCUUUGACAGAAACUUUCACUCCGGAAUUUGAUAUGGACAAUAUUUCCUUGUACGAACCAUGCGACGUGAAACUUGAAAAAGUGUCUGAAUAUGUGAUGGGCGAAUCCGAUGUCUCCAGUAUUAGCAACAAAACAUUUAUGGAUUUAACAGACACCUUUGAGGGAUUCAAGCAAGAAUAUGUCUGCUCGUUUGAGGAUAAGAACAUGAAGAGCUGGACAGAGAAGCACCCCGAGCAUUGGAACAAUAACGAGGUUCUUGACUGGAUAUAUUUUGUGGCUGCCGAAAAUCAUCUGGAUGUUGCCAGACUCCGAGGAGAAAAUUUCCAGACAAUUACAGGGCAAAAACUAUGUCAAAUGUCCCAACAGGAUUUUAUAGAGAGAGACCCCGAGUAUGGCUCCUACUACUUCGAGCUUUUCCGACAAAUAUUUAAUGAAGCUAAAUUUAUGCCUCCGGCCUCAGUCGACCCCACUACAGGUGACAGCGUUAGUCUAAACUUCCCCAGGGAACUGUUCUCUCUUCCACAAACCAUACCAGAUAUGGAAGUCAGCGAUGCUCAAACCAGUGAAAUGCUUGACAACAACCUGGAUACCAUGCUAGAAAUCCAAGAUGGCGUCCCAAAAGUGAACAUCGCAGGCGCCUGGUAUGACUUUGAUGAUGAUAUGGACAUCCAAGUGGACCGAACUGACCAAGGCUACAUCAGUGGAGAAGCAGAAAGUGAAUGCGACUCCCGGCUCCCAUCGCAAUUGUUUUCCGACGAAGAGGCUGAUGUUGUUGUUGUUGUUAAGAAGGAGCCAAAGAAGAAAGCACCAUCACGGCGGUCUCACGGCAGUACCUCGUCCAGUGACGGAGGCUUUGAGAGUGAGGAUGGCAAAUCAAACAGGGGCAGAAAACACGGCCAAUGCUCAAAAGGAAAUCAUUUGUGGGAAUUCAUCCGCGACUUGUUAAAAGAUCCCCAGCUAAACCCAAGUCUCCUGAAAUGGGAAGAUAAAGAAUCAGGGGUGUUCCGAUUUGUCCAAUCAGAAGCCGUGGCACAAAUGUGGGGAAGGAAGAAAAGCAACCCUGGAAUGACGUACGAGAAACUCAGUAGAGCCAUGAGGUUUUGCAGAUCUGCAGAUUAUUUUGCUGGUGUACCCAAAAAUGGGAAAUUCCCGAAGAAAUUGUGUUUCCGGUUCGGCCCCAAAGCUUUCGGUUGGAAAGCAGUGUAGACUGGGAUCGCUUAGGUAUUACUAUAAGCGAGGCAUACUUGACCGUGUUGACGGCCGGAGACUCGUAUACAAGUUCGGAUCCAAUUCCCACGGCUGGAAGGACUGAGAUCACGCAUGCGCGACUCUUCUCCAGCGUACUACCCAUAGUACCGGAAACUCCAAACCCCCACUACCCGAUUGUGGUGGCCAGUAAAUCUCCACUGGACAGUCCCGCGUCCAUGGAACCCGGAUAUCUCUAUAAGCUGGACAUUCGUAUUCGGCUUUCAAAGCUACCGGCUAGAUUUGAGAACAUUCCCAAGGGAUUUCUUUAUACGAUUGCAGCAAUCAAUGCAACAGUGCAAUUUCAUCGCAAUUCCGGUGUAAGUUGACGACAAUCAAAGAACGACGUAGAGCCAUUAAAUGGAAACUGAGAUUAUUGUGUUUGACAAGCAUACCUGUGAUACAAGGACUUACUCAUUAUCGUCAUUAGUGUUUCUCGUGACCUCGCCAAGAUCAUCGUCAUUAGUGUUUCUCGUGACCUCGCCAAGUACUGGCAUAGCAAACUCACCACAAGGAAAUAAGCUGUGCAGGAGAGUGAAUAUGAACUCUAG